UAUUUAACACCAAGCUGAAAUCGAACCGUUCUACUUGAUUCAACGGUAUCGAGUCUAGUUUAUCAUUGAUUCGGAAUAAUUUUCGUUCGUUUUCCGCAGUUGAACGUGUUGUACGAUUCAUGGUUAGUUUAGUAUGUUGCAAAGCAUGACCUGGGAACAUCUAGAACGUGGCAGUUCACCAGUGGAUUGGUGCGAGGGAAACUAUCUAGUUUCGCCAGACAUUGCCGAGUUUGUGAAUACGAUUAGCAACGUAUUGUUUCUUCUUGGCCCACCGUUCCUUAUCUACCUGUUUAAAGACUACGGGAAGUUCAUACAACCGGCCAUCCAUCUGAUCUGGGUCCUGUUGAUUGUGGUCGGCCUUUCGUCGGCAUACUUCCACGCGACACUCAGUUUACUUGGCCAGCUACUCGAUGAGUUGACCAUUUUGUGGGUGUUUAUGGCCACCCUAAGCCUGUUCUGUCCGAGGCGACAUUUUCCGAGAAUCUUCAAAGGAUCUAGGAAACGGUUCUGCUUAUCGAUGUCGAUAUUUUCCAUCGCUGCCACAGCUCUCUCGUUUUGCCAUCCUGCCAUAAAUGCGUUUGCACUCAUGUUUUUGGCCAUACCAGCAACGUACCUUUUGUAUAAGGAAUUGAAAAUUGUCAAGGAUGAGCGCGUGUACCGUUUGGGUGUUCGUAACACAACGAUCCUGAUAGCUGCCAUCGUAUGCUGGAUCAACGAUCGUAUGUUCUGCGAUACCUGGUCGUCGAUGAACUUCCCGUAUCUGCACGGAUUUUGGCAUAUUCUCAUUUUCAUCUCCGCUUAUCCGGCAUGCGUUCUGUUUGCUUUCUUUUUCGUCAACGACGAACGCCCCGAAAGCCGACCGACGCUGAAGUACUGGCCACGGAACGAUUUUGAGCUGGGAAUUCCGUACGUGUCCAUUAACUAUGCUAAAAAGUUUGAUGACGAUGAAAUUUAAAUCGUCGUCAACAUAUUUGCAAGCCAAAUCAUUACUUUCUUGUGAGGAACAGGGGAAUUACAUAUUUGUCCACACUGCAAACGAAAGGUAUUUGAAUCUCGUAUAUUUACCAAAAAACCACAGAACGCUUACAGGGAGGGGAUGCACUAUAUAUAGAUUGCACGCUGAUUUUAAUCAAAUAGUGAGAGAAAUAUCGUUUGAUAAUCGACCCAGUAGAGCCAAUCAAACAUGUCAGCAUAAGAAAGAUUUUUCUCAAGUUAAUGUAAAUAUAGAAGGCUUACCAGGGUUAUUUGCAAAACAGUGAGUGAUACUAGUAAUAUGGUUUUAUUUGCAAGCAAUAGCGAAGUGAUAGAAUUUCGCUCAUCAGAACCUACUUUCAGGUGCAUAGAUUUGUCGAUUACUAUUUAACAGUUUUAAUAAAAUAUUCAAAACAGCAAUAUUCUCUGC